GGCAGUCGACCAUCGACCUGUGGCGUUUCAGAAGUACUGCAGGAUAACAAACACUACCGGUGCCAUCGGGAAAUGGCUGAUCAAGAAGAAUCGGUUGCGAUGGAAACUGGCAGGGCUGAGCCUGAUUUGUUUGGCAGGUGGAACCAUGUCCGCAAACUGUUGGAGAGGAGUGGCCCGUUUGCACACCCUGACUUUGAACCAAGUCCAGAGAUUCUGGACUUCAUGCUGAACAGCUGUAGGAUACUUGUGGUUGGAGCUGGAGGACUUGGCUGUGAGAUUCUGAAAGAUUUGGCUCUGAUGGGAUUCCGGCAAAUUGAUGUCAUCGACAUGGACACCGUUGAUCUAUCUAAUCUCAACAGACAGUUUCUGUUUAGGUUGAAGGACGUCGGGAAACCCAAGGCAAAUGUUGCGGCUGAUUUUGUCAACCAAAGAAUCCCAGGCUGUAAUGUCACACCACACUUUAAAAAGAUUCAAGAUUACGACGAAACCUUUUACAGGCAGUUUCAUAUCGUUAUCAAUGGAUUGGAUUCCAUCGUGGCCAGACGCUGGAUGAACAGCAUGAUGCUUAGCCUGUUGAAUUACGAAGAUGGAGUCGUGGACCCCUCGUCCAUUGUUCCCAUGAUCGACGGAGGCACGGAAGCCUUCAAAGGCAAUGCGCGGGUCAUCCUACCAGGAAUGACAGCUUGCAUUGAGUGCACGCUAGAGCUUUACCCGCCCCAGAUUAAUUUUCCGAUGUGCACCAUCGCCCACACGCCCAGGCUGCCUGAGCACUGCAUAGAAUAUGUCAAGAUCUUGCUGUGGCCUCAAGAAGAACCCUUUGGAAAGGAUGUAGCUAUAGACGGAGAUGACCCAACCCACAUCCAGUGGAUAUUUGAGAAGGCACAGGAACGAGCUGACCAGUUCAACAUCAUGGGGGUGACAUAUAGGUUGACACAAGGUGUUGUCAAGCACAUCAUACCAGCUGUCGCAUCCACUAAUGCCACGAUAGCAGCGCAGUGUGUGACAGAAGCCUUCAAGAUAGCGUCCAGUUGCUGCGGACCCCUUAAUAACUACAUGGUGUUCAACGACACGGACGGCUUGUAUACAUACACCUUUGAAGCAGAGAAAAAGGAAGACUGCGUGGCAUGCAGUCAGGUACCUCAGGUUCUAACACUGCCGGAGGAUGCCACCCUGCAGAACUUGAUCGAUCACCUCACCGAGAGUGCUAGUUUACAAAUGAAGGCCCCAGGUAUUACCACUGUUGUAAAUGGCAAGAACAAGACAUUAUACAUGCAGAACCCGGAAGCCAUACGCGUCCGCACCAAGGAAAACCUACCCAAGAAGUUGAAAGAACUUGGACUUGAAGAGAAACAGGAGCUCAUUGUCGCUGACAUUACAGCACCAAAUGCCCUCAUCUUCUCCCUUUCUUAUAAAUGAGGGGAGAACAGAACAAAGGAAAUUUAUACUCCACAGUAUUUAUUUAUACUUUUGACCAGUUUUGUAUGUAUGCAUUGCCUCACUGUAACGGUAGCAUUAAUGUUAAUUGAGUGUUUCAGAGGACCAUCACUGUUCACUUAGCUGCGGUGUCGAUCACAUUUUUGCCAGCUUACUGGAGAUUUAACGAACAGCAUCACUAAUGAAAGCAUUGUUUGGUUCCUAAUGCACUCCAGCAAGGGGGGGGCUUUUAUCGGUAUUUGUGUAUUGAGAUGGUGAGGAAUGUAGCUGUAUUCUUGUCGUCCACUCGUCAAGUCACACAGGUCAAAUGCAUGCCAAAUUGCACGUCUAUUUACGAGUCAAAUUGAAAUUCAUGUCAAAUCACCCGUCAGAGUCGAAUUACAUGUCAAAUUGCUUGUAAGAUGAUUUGCCCGGUGAAGCCACUACAACUACAAGAUGUUUGUUCUUACACCGUGUCACAAACUCUAGACACACCAAAAUGGUUA